GACUGAACAGGAGCGUCUCCGUAUUCAAACUAAGCCCUGUUUAAAUUUCAACAACUGCAUUCCUUCUCUUGUCUCCUUCAACAAACAGGAAACACUCGUCCUACAAAAAAAAUGACUGGCGCUCGAUUUUAACCAAUGACGUUCCACCACAACCUCCGCUCAGCCAAUUGACGUAGAGAAGAAGGGCGGAACGUCCUGUAAUGUGAUGCAAAUUCGACGGUCAAGCUUGUUAGUCCCACCUUUUUGUGUUUCCCGCACCGUCAAUCAAAAUAGAAAAAAAAAUCGACCCGAAUUCGCCGAUCAACACUGGCCCGCCUUUGAUAAAAUAAUCAUGUUCGGAGUUUAGUUGAUCCGAUAAUCCCCCGGGUUACUACCACUCACGCUAUGACUGGUACGUAAACGUUCAGCACAUCGAAGCGUGCAGCUAAUCGCGCCAGAGCAGCCUCUGAAACAAGGAGAAAUGGCGUCCGCGGACGUGGACAGCAGUCAAAGCGAGUUUCUGCAACCCGGCGGCGCCGCGGAAACACAGACGACAGAUAUGUCAGCCAUUCAGCUGACGGGCUCGGAUCGAUGGGAGGUGUUGACUCCCGUCUCGGCUGGGAAGGAAGACCAGGGAGUCGUUCACAUUCCAAACUCGGGGAUUAUCACGUCCAACGGGCAGUACGUGCUUCCUAUUGGGAGUAUUCCCAGCCAGCCCAUAUAUGUUACAGCAACUGGGAGUGAGGCUGCAGCAAACGGAGUGUCGGGCAUUCAGUAUCAGGUCAUCCCUCAAAUCCAAAAUGCAGAUGGGACAAUUGCAGGAUUCCCCACGCAGGGUUUGGAUGACGGUACGGGGCAGAUUCAGCUACUCCAAGAUGGCAGCCAGGGCAGCAUUGGAAUCAGCUGUGCCACGACGGCAACCACAGAUCUUUUGACACAGGCGGGGCAGGUUCAGUCGAUCCAAGGCGUUUCGCUAGCUGGAGGUUCGGCGUACACGAGCACCAUGCCUGUAGGGCUUCCUGGCAACAUAACAUUCGUCCCUAUAAACAGUGUGGAUCUGGAGUCGCUGGGGCUGACCGGAGCUCAGACGGUUCCCAUCGCAACAGGAGUCACACCUGAAGGCCAGUUGAUAAUGAGCAGCCAGGCUCUCGAGACCCAGAACCAGGACACCGGAGCCAAACAGUCGCUGGUCACAGUGAGUGACCCGAGCGCCAACCAAGAGCUCUAUGUGCCAACAACCACAACCACUUCCUCUUCCAACUCCGCCCAGCUUCCUGAGACCAUCGACGGCACAGGAGUUCUCACCCAGGCGACUGCCGUGUCCGCAGGCGUGUCUGAUCCCUCGUCCUCGGAGAACUACAACUCCCACAACCACCUGCAGCAAAUCCAGGUGUCAUCCUCCAAUGCCACCACUAUCUCACAGCCCAUCUUGCAGCUGUCUGGGGACAGUCAGGCCCAGGUAGCCCAGGUGGCUCAGGGUCAGGACCUGACUGCAGCAGCAGGUCAGACUCUACAGAGUGUGCAGCUGGUCAACCCUGGGACCUUCCUCAUCCAGGCCCAAACUGUCACUGCUACUGGGCAGAUCCAGUGGCAAACCUUCCAGGUUCAGGGUGUCCAGUCACUCCAAGGACUUCAGCUGCCCCAGGGUCAGGGCCAGGCCCAACAGUUGACUUUAGCCCCAGUCCAGACCCUUCCCCUGGGCCAGACAGGCCAGGUCAGCCUGCCCAACCUCCAAACAGUCACAGUUAACUCUGUAACACAAACUGGGGUCCAGUACUCACAGGGAGAGGAUGCAAACAGUCCAGCAGGUAUCCAGAUAAAGGAAGAGCCAGACUCUGAGGAGUGGCAGCUGAGCGGGGAUUCCACGCUGAACCCCAGCGACCUGAACAACCUGCGUGUUCAGAUGGGAGACGAGGACAUGGAGACGCCGAGCGGGGAGGGCAAAAGGCUCCGCAGAGUCGCCUGCACCUGCCCCAACUGCAAAGAGUCUGGAGGAAGGGGUUCGGGUAUGGGGAAGAAGAAGCAGCACAUCUGCCACAUCGCCGGCUGCGGGAAGGUUUACGGGAAGACAUCCCACCUCCGAGCUCACCUGCGCUGGCACAGCGGCGAGAGACCCUUCGUCUGCAACUGGAUGUUCUGUGGGAAGAGAUUCACCAGGAGCGACGAGCUGCAGAGACACAGGAGGACGCACACAGGGGAGAAGAAGUUUGUGUGCUCAGAGUGCUCCAAGAGGUUCAUGCGGAGCGACCACCUGGCCAAGCACAUAAAGACUCACCAGAAUAAAAAAGGCGGGGUUCCCGCCUCCACGUCUCCGCCCACCUCCGAAGCCGUCAUCACCACCGACGGAACAACGCUCAUCCUCCAGGCCACCAACGCGCACGACCUUGUAGCCAAUCAGGAGAUCCCCUUGCAGCUGGUCACAGUGGCGCCCAGCGAGGUCAUGGAAUGAGGGGGUGGGUGGGGGUUGAUGUGGUGAGGUGGCUUUUUGAGAACUGGCCUAUGAAAAGGGACCUCUUGGGCUUUUCUCUUCCCCUCU